AAAAACCCAUCCUCAAAAAUAUCUCUUACAACCCCACCAAAAUCUGUCUCGUCUCCCACUGUCUGGCUCUUGUCUUCUCCCUCAGCUCCAACCCUGAAACCCCUUCAAGACACAGAAAGCCACAAGUUCCUGAGUGCUAACUCGAGUGCUGUUCUUUUUGAGGUCAUCUCUGCUAAUGGCUUGUGCCUCACAGGCAAUGAUAUCAGCAAACACUUGCGCGCUCACUUCACCGAGACUUUUCAAGAAAUACACGAAUGGAAAUAAGAGAAACUCGAAGCUUUUCACUAUCAAAGCGUCCUCUGAUGACGCUGAAUGUAACACUGAAGAAUGUGCCCCGGAAAAAGAGGUUGGGAAGGUGAGCAUGGAGUGGUUGGCUGGGGAGAAAACCAAAGUCGUUGGGACAUUCCCUCCGACUAAACGCGGUUGGACAGGGUAUGUUGAGAAAGACACUGCUGGACAGACAAAUAUCUAUUCAGUUGAGCCUGCAGUUUAUGUAGCAGAAAGUGCAAUAAGUUCGGGAACUGCAGGUACUUCUGAAGGUUCUGAAGGCACAGUAGCACUUGUUGCUGGCCUUGGACUCGCUUCUGUAGCUGUAGCUUCAUUUAUUCUCCUCCUAGUUGGUAAGAACCCAUCUAACAUAACAACGGCGGAAUACAAAGGACCAUCUCUCAGUUACUAUAUCAACAAAUUUAAGCCAGCAGAAAUCAUCCAAGCUGCAGUGCCAAGCCAAACAGAGUCCCCCUCAUCCAUACAGGCAGACAGCUCCAUGCCAGAAGUCCCCGAGAUACAGGUUCAAUCUGCACCAGAAGUUUCUGAGGUACCGGUUCAAUCUCAAUAUGAACCUGAGCCUUUAACUUCAAGUGUGAGCAGUGCUAAUUUGGCAAAUUAAACUGGCUCAGUUUCUUCAACUGUAGAAACACAAAUUUUUUUCUUCUAUACUGCUGAUGUAUACUCAGAAAACAAUGAAAAGGCUGUUAACAAGGAGCUAUAUUUAGUAUUUUAUAGCAUGAAGGAAGACAUCAAAUGGUUUUGAUGGUUUUGAUGA